CUUCACAGCAUGAGGGAACUUUGCUGAAGUGCUUCGUUUCUCGCCCGACAGAACUCCUCCAGAAACGUCGCGCGCCUGUUUCCACCGGUUGAGUGACAGCCUCGCAGAUGAGUAAGCUGACGAGUGAUACUAUUUGAGCUGCUUGUGGCCUGGGUCACGUCUGUUUUGCCGCCGCGCGUGCAGCCGGUCCCAUUGCGUGCCGCUGCCACCGCCGUGGGGACCGGUUCGCCGGACACUCGGGUUUUCCACCCUGACAGCUCACUUCCGGUCCUUCGGCUCCGCACUGUGGAUGCGUAGGUAGGAGUGUGUCGGAAGAAUAAAGUUUCAUCAUGAAACCCAAAUUCCCACUUGCUGGUGACAAACGCUGGGCUUUGACGUCUUGCCGUGGUUGUAAAGACUCACUUGAAAACUUUGACUCUGUCCGUCAAUCACCCGUGAACUGACUGUUGUGUUGUGAUUGUGUGUUACCGACACCCAGUGACGCGUUGGGGCCGAAACCGGGGCUCCUGCCGCUGCGUCUGGAAAGUUUUGCGCGCUCCACUUUUGCGCAGUGAUAACAAGCCGUGGGCGUCCACGGAGAGAGGGAGUCGAGGGAACACCAGUGGGAAUAUAGGAUGCCUCGAGGAGCGACGAGCCCAAUGACGCAACGGCUUUACUCAACGCAGCCUGACAUUGUGAGGAACAGGACAACGCUUGCAGGGCUCCUCCGGUUUCCCGUGACCAAACGCAGGCUGCGCUCUCUGGAGCUGCCCGAUAUAACGCGAGUGGCGCACACGCGCCCGUGGAGUUCAGGAAGCAACUUCGCGGACGCAAAUUUUGAAUGAUGCCGCACAUCGCGCUGCUUUUCCUGCCGCUUGCGCUCAUCUCACGGGCGGGCAUCUUCGUUUCUGGAUAUGAAGCAGCCGUCUCCUCAGAGACACGGAAAGUUCUCACCACGACGGGCAAAGAAUGCAGGUUCCCCUUCCGCCAGGGUGGACGGCUCCAUCACCGCUGCAUCACCGUCCUGUCCCCGCGGCCGUGGUGCUCGCUCACUCGUAACUUCGAUCGGGACCGGCAGUGGGGUUUCUGCACGCCCGACAGAACCCAUGCAAACGGUUCCGCCGCGGAUCCGUGUCAGGUGAACCCGUGUCAGAACGGCGGCGUGUGCGCGGCCGUCGCGCGCGGACACGCGUUCGGGUGCUCGUGUCCCGAGGGUUUCUCUGGGAGACGGUGUGAGCAGAAGAGGUGCUUCGAAAGCCUCCACCUGCGCUACUAUGACACCGGAGAGUCGUGGGGCCGCGUCCACAUGCGUAACGUGGAGCGGUGCACGUGUGCGGCCGGCGCCGGCGCCUGCGAGAGGGUCCACUACACCAUGUGUCGCUCAAACCCGUGUCAGAACGGAGGAACAUGUCGGCUGAUCACAUCCACUGGCACCGAGGUGUGUAACUGCAGACAUGGCUACAGCGGCCGGCACUGCGACGUUGAGCCGGACGCGGCGUGCUAUAACGGCAGGGGCUCAGGUUACCGGGGGGCGGCGAGCACCACGGCGUCCGGCGCCCGGUGUCUGCCGUGGAACUGGGACCUGCUGCACGACGAGCUGCACGCGGGCGCGGUGGCGGCGGCGCUCAGAGGCCUCGGCGAGCACGCCUACUGCAGAAACCCGGACGGGGACGCGAUGCCGUGGUGCUACACGCUACAUGACAACGCCAUCUCCUGGGAGUACUGCGGCGUCCCGCCCUGUGCGACGGCUGCGUGGGGAAAUCAGACCGAGGCAAAAUCCAAACUAUCCCGCAGAGCGUCUUCUCGGAUGACGAGCGUCCUUAACGUCCUGCCCACCCCUAAAAAGCCCGCGCCCGCCGAGCCGGCGCGGAAGCCUGUGUGUGGGAAAAAGCACAAGAAGAGGCUGUCGAUGCCCACGGGCCGGAUCCUGGGCGGCACCGCGGCGCUGCCCGGCACCCACCCCUGGAUGGCGGCCAUUUACAUGGGACAGUCGGACUUCUGCGCCGGGACCUUGAUUUCGUCUUGCUGGGUCGUCUCCGCCGCGCACUGCUUCUUCCGCAAUUACCCGAAGUCUCAGCUUCGCGUGGUCCUCGGCCAGCAGCAUUUCAACGUCACCAACCCCAACACCAGGACGUUCGGAGUGGCCGAUUACAUCUUUCCGAAGCAGUUCUCAGUGUUUAACCCCACGCUGCACGACAUUGUGUUGAUCAAGCUGAAGAAGCAGAACGGGCGCUGCGCGAAGAAAACGCCGUUCAUCCGGCCCAUCUGCCUCCCAGACAAAGACACGGCGUUCCCCGACCACUACUGCUGCUCCAUCAGCGGCUGGGGACACAUGCACGAGAAGGCGCGGGACUACUCCAGCCUGCAGGAGGCCGGGGUGAGGCUCAUUCCCCACGACACCUGCAGGAGGCCGGAGGUCUACGGCAACCACGUCACCGGCGACAUGCUGUGCGCGGGGCUCAACGGCUGCGUGGACGCGUGCCAGGGCGACUCCGGGGGCCCUCUGGCUUGUGUGAGGGGUGACGUCAGCUUCCUGUAUGGGAUCGUCAGCUGGGGAGAGGGCUGCGGGCGCUCUGGAAAACCUGGUGUUUACACCAGAGUGCCCAACUACAUCGACUGGAUCAAUUCAGUGAUCAAAGGCACAGCCAAGGCUUCAUGAGUACAAAUCUGAUGGACAUUAGCUUUAAUAUAUUCUAUUAUGCUAUAUUAUAUUACAAAGGGUGAACUGUGAUGUCCUCAUUUUAACUGUGAAAUAUGUUGUGACUGAAUAAAACUUUAUUUGACAAA